AUGGAUUUUGGUUGUUCAUCCAUCGACCGGAUACCUCUCGAGGUCCUCCGCGAUGUCUUCCUCUACCAUGUGUGGUCCAACAAGUGCUCGCCACUCGAUCUGCUCUAUGUCUGCAAAGUCUGGUACUCGACAGCAAUAUCAACAUCGUCUCUCUGGGCCAAGGUCACCCUUGGUCCCACCGAAGACUUCAAGAGUCCAGAUAGAAUCCAAUGUUGCAGCCUGAAAACGUUUGCUCUGGCCAUUCGGCGAGCAGGGAGAGCAUCUCUCGACCUGACCAUUUCGAUGAGUCGAUUGAGCUUCUCCAAGGUGGAUAUCGAUGGAUUCACCAAGGAUGUUACGUCAGACUGGGUGUCCAGAUGCCACUCGCUGACCAUGAGGAGUGUUUCGGCACUCUCCGGAGGAGACCGGCUAUUGAGACUCUUCUAUACAGCAAAUUUCGUCGCAUUGGAACGGCUUGUCCUACAAGGCGUUGUAGGACCGAUUGCGUUCGAGAUGAAAGCGCUCUUCGAGCAGCUGGAAAAGACUGCAUUCCGGCUCGAGUCUCUCGUGAUGGGACGGGGCUCCUCGGAUUGGAGCGUGUCGCGUUUGCCUACGUAUCCAGGCAUCGUGGAGCGGCUGCGCUGCUUGGAAGUAGAGACCGAUGGCAAUCUCGACCUCUCGAAAGCCAGUCUCCUAGACCAGCUGGAGGUUGCCGUCAGUCAUGGAGGGAACAAGGUACUUCUGCCGACGGAUAUAGCCCUACGACAACUUACACUAGCAAACACAUUCAACUUUGCCACUUUUGAUCCUCAAGUGUACGAAUCUCUCACCCAUUUGACACUCUACACUCGCUCGUGGCUGGCGGUUAACGCAAUGAUUCCUCCAUUUCCUUCCUUGACGCACCUGUAUCUGUGCGUGAAUCCUCUAGAGGUGGAAAGGUUGUAUGCUCCUCGGCUUCAGUAUCUCAGCAUCGAAGGGCUUUUGCUACAGCCUACGGAGCUGUACCGAAGCACAGUUGGUGCAGAUUUUGAUGCAGCUGUCAUCACGGCUGGAGGAGCUCACCACCUCACCGGAGGGUCCCAAAUGAAACCAGGAAUUCCGUUUUUGAAACGGCUCCUCCUCUCUUCCAAAGCUCCCGCAAAUCCGGCACGCAAGAACGCGAUCCUCGUGAAUCUGCAUAGAGUUCGUCAAGCUCUUGCGGUUCAAACAAAGCUCGAGCGAAUCGAUUAUGGCGUAUACAUCGCUUACGACAAGACACGAGUCGCUCUUCCGCACGAGCGGCGAGAUUGGCCCGUCGAGUGGAUACGAGUGUGGUCGCGAGAGGCAAGCGUUGACUAG